AUGAAUUUGUUUUGCGACAUUUCAUUUUUUACAUGUAUAUUUAUCAUAUUUGUGGCUAGUGUGAAUGGACAAAACGUCACUGUCAAAAAUUCCACUUUCGUGCUGAAAUGGCAAUGCAAUUUGCCACUCUCUGAUGCGCCUUAUGGAGUUAUUGGAUCGGUUUCCCUCAUAAGGUGUGCUUCCCGAUGUCUUGAGAACAACAAUAUGUGUGUUUCUUUCCUGUUGAACAAGACUUCGACGACCGACGUCUUUUGCGGUUUUCACCAACAUUCUCCCAUUUCCCCUUGCCCUAACUCUAAUGUGAGUGGGUUCUACACCUUAUAUGAAAAAGCAGAUGCCGACUCAUUAGUGCAACUGGAAUCAACGACCACACUGGAAACCACAACGCAGUCUGUGCCUUCUACGACAGUCACUACCACUCAAGAUGCACCUACAACGACGGUGAAUCCAUGUCAGAACUCGGGGACAUGGAAUGGUGUUUCUUGUCUUUGUCCAACAGGUUGUAGUGGAAAGUUCUGUCAAACCUGCUACACAGAUUGUACUGAUGGAUUUAACGACGGACUCACAGGCACCGCUAUUGUUACAUAUAUACAACCAUUAAAUUCACCAACAGCAUUCAAAGUGUUAUGCAACUUUGACAAUGCAGUCACAUACAUUCAGUAUCGUCGUUACGGAAAUAUCAGUUUCAAUAGGGACUGGCAGUCGUACGUUGACGGUUUCGGUGAUCUGGAGGGAGAUUUCUGGUUAGGCAACAAGUAUAUACAUCUCAUCACUGAUCAGAAGUCCUACACCUGUGGUGUGCGUUUGUAUGAUAAUACUAAUGUUUGGCGAUUUGACGGUUACUCUGAGUUUAAGGUUGACUCGGAAGUCAACUCUUUUACAAUCACUUAUACACCUUUUUUCACCGCCUCGGGGAUGUCUCCUUCCGAUAGCUCGAAAGACUCACGAAAUCAACCAUUCAGUACGCAUGACCGGGAUCAUACUGGCUGUGCCACAACUGAACAAGCGGGUUGGUGGUAUAACACCGGAUGUACUGACGGAGCUAAUGUUAAUGGUGUAAUGCCAUUUGAUUGGUCAUCAAUUACAGGUGUGACAAAAACUGGAUUAGGGCUUUACUAA